AUGGCCGGUGUGGCAUUUCAGCAGGCCUUCAGCCCCGAAGCAUCGAGCUUCAGCCUCGCCAGAUCGAUUGACCUCCCCUUGCUCACCGAGCGUCGCAAGCGCAAAGCUCAGCUCGAGCCUGCCGCUAUGCGACCCGCCAUCGUCACCCGGGCCGCAUUCCAGCGCGCCACCUCUCGCCGAACCGCCGAGGUCACCUCGCCAACGGGCUCCUCUCACGACCGUACCCUCGGCGACGUUUCGCACGCUGCGCACGGCAGCUAUGCCUCGUCCGCAUCGCUGCCACCAUCAGCAUCGACACCGUCGUCGUCGUCGUCGUCGUCGUCGGGGAAUUCUCUGGACACAGCGGAACCAGUCCGAUCGUGGACCGCCCCACAACCGACCUCUGCAGAGCCUGGCAGCAUAGACAUGUCGCUCGACGACUGGAACGUCCUUCCAAGCUUCCACGCCACCUUUUCUCACCUCGCCUCAUCGGCGAGCGCAGACUCAACGGCAGCGACGGCAACAGCAGGAUCGUCCGACGAGCUCGACCCGCGGCUGGAGGAGGGACAACGUGAUGACGCCGUCGCCAUCGCCCCCACGCCAGAAGAUGGCAUCGACGCCGCCGACCAGGCGCGUCAAGGCACCGCCUUUAAAAAGAUCAAGCUGGCCAAGUCGUCGGCGCCCAAAAAGACUGGUCGGAAGCCGCGUGUGCGCGAUCCCGACUACCUCCCUCCGUCGAAGCGGCCUGGCGUCUCGCACGCCAAGAAAAAGGGCCCGGACCACGUCAAGCGGCCCCGCAACGCCUUUAUCCUCUUCCGCAGCCACUUUGUCUCUGAAAAGGUGAUCCCGAAGGAGGUCGAGAGCGACCACCGCAACAUCAGCCGCAUCGUCUCCGAGGUGUGGAAGAACACCCCGGAAGAGGAAAAGAGCUACUGGCACGACCUGGCCGAGAAGGAGCGCGCCGAGCACCAGCGCCUCUACCCGGACUACACGUACAAGCCCCAGACGCGCAAGGCCGAGCCGCGCAAGCGCAACCUCAAGCAGCUCCCCAACGCCGAGGAGCAGUGCAAGGAGAUUGCCAACAUGAUCCUCAGCAGCUCCGGGGGUCGCCUGACGCCUGCCGAGGCCAGCACGUCCCGGGAGCCCGGCUCGGCCAUGACGGCCGAGCAGAGGGCGGCCGCGGCGUCCGAGCGCAAGGCGCGCGCAGAGGAGCGCAGGCGCAAGACGGCAGCCGCCAAGGUGCGCCCGAAGAAGGUCAAGGCUGCCAAGGCGGUCGAUCAAGCCGCAAAGGCUGUCCACAUCGAGCCGGUUCACCUGAUGCCUGCCCACAACUACUCGGCCAUCGGCUCGGCUUCGACGUCGAGGGACAUCGCGCCGGCCCUACAGACGGGCGAAGCCGCCGCCACGCCCACGAUCACGGCCACGGCCACGGCCACCGCCGCCUCGGCGGCCGCCUGCAAUUUGCGACUCGGACGACGCGCGUCUUCGCUUCCGCCCGAGGGAUUCCAGAGCCUCGAUCUGGCCAACCUGACCGCCGCGACACCUGCCGGGCUGCCCGACCAGCCUUCCCUCGAAACCAUGCAUUCGAUGUCGAGGCACGUCGAUCUGUCCCACGGCUGGCGCGACCCCCUGCUGGACAGCAACGACGACCAAGCCGAGGACCCGGCCGAUGCCGGCUCGACGGAGUCGAAGCGCAGGCCCCGACCGGCUCCCUUUCAGCUUCACCGAUCCCACUUUGGCGCCUUUGACGACCAGGUGCUGCCCUCGGCCACGUUUGGCGGUUUCUCGCUGCACCGCGAGCAGCUUGACCGGAUGGCCGCGACGCGCCCGCGCACCGCCAUGCCCUCGACGCCCAACACGGCCAACCUGCUGGGCGAGUAUUCGCACUGGAACAUGUUCACCGACCCCACCCUCGUCUCGCCCAUGUUUGUCUCGGCGCCUCGACGUACCAGCUUUGCCACUGCGUUUGGCAGCGUCUCGGUCGCACCCACGCCCGUCGCAGCCGUGUCUGGCCAAGCGGGCACGGCCACUGCACCGAGCGAAGAGGUGCCGUACCCUCUCGACUCCGCCGACCUCUUUCACAGUGCCACCGAGGCGGCUGUCCACUCGCUGCACGCCGACGGCCUGCUCCGAGGCUUUGAGCCGGUGUGCCACGAGCAGUCUCGCGCUCAGCCCGCCCCUCCCGCUCCUUCUCAUCACCACCAGCGUCACCAUCACCAGUCGCAGCUCUCCCAGGGACACGAGGACGGCGAUGCCUUCGAUGGCAGCAUCGGUACGGUGCAGGACGGCCGCCACCGAAGGAGCAGCGCACGAGAGCGAGAGGGUCGAGUCGACUUCGCCGCCCAGGACGAAGAGUCGGUCUUCCAGUUCAGCCUGCCGAGCAUCGCCGAGAUGGGACCAGCAAAGGCGCGACCGACGCGCCAGAGCUUCUCGAGCAGCACACUGGGCGCAGCUGCCCGCGACUGGAUCUCGUCGAUCGGCAAAAAGGCGCCCGGCCAGCGCGGAGUCGCCGACGACCGCCACCAGGUCGACGAUCCGCGCUCCCUUCGCCACAUGGGCCUGGGCCAUCGACGAUCCAGCUCUCGCUCCAUGUACGAGGAGAGCCGCGACGAGGUGCGGGACGGACCACGGGAGGCCAAGAUUCUUGGUCGCCCGAGUGCCCUCUACCAGUCGAACCCUGCUCAUCCGCACGUCGAGGAGCAAGGAUCGUCGCUCCAGCAUCCGAACCAGCAUCAGCCACAACCUCACCACCAUCAGCAGCAGCACCAUGCUGAGCAGCAGCAGCAGCAGCAGCAGCAACAGCAGCAGCAGGUGCAGCACCAGCCGAGGACGACGGCGCACCGGUACUCGGUGCAGCAGCAGUCGCCACUGUCGAUGUCGAUGUCGGAUAGCAUCGACAUGCCUCCUCCUCUGUCGGCUGCAUCGGCCGCGGGCCUUUUCAAGCACGGCUCGUACCUUGAGCCGAUGCCGACGCGGUCCAGGAGCUCGACGAUGCUCCGCGAGCACCUCGAAUUUCCCAGCCCUGGAGGCAAUAUGGACGGCUACGCCUGCUCAGCGAUGCACGCGAUGCGCAGCGGCGGCGGCGGCGGCGGCAGUCAUGUUGGCGACGCCUACCACCUCCAGCACCAGGGCUACCUGCCGCCGCCGAGGUUUGACGGGCCCAUCAACGUGUCGACGCCAGUCGAAGUGAGGACGAUGAUGAGCUUCAGCGAUCUCAUGGAGCGCGAGCCCAUCUCGGCCAGCGUCUAUGGCGAAUCGGAAGCGGAGCGCGACGUCGAGCUCUCGCGAGGACGCGAGGUGGCCUUCGCCGACGACCACCACGAGCACGCAGACGCGCGCCACCAUCACCAUCAUCACCAUCACCACCACCACGACCACCAGCACCAGCAGGACGGUUUCGAGCAUCACCAUCCGAGCUACCCUGCCGCCGAGGCGCGAGGCCUGGAGUCCGGAGCCGAGGGUCAGGUCGGCCCGCCGCACCUGACGCCGAUGCAGAUGAUCAUGUUGGGCUACCAAGACGACCACCAGGACGCAUGA